UUUUCUAGAGUUGAGGUUUGGCUGAUGAUGAUAAGAGAACAUAAUCAUGACAGAUGAUUUUUCCGAUCACUUAGCUCUUAAAGCUGCUGAUUUUGUUGAAGAGUCCUUUAGUGAUGCUUUAACUGACCAGGCACCAGUCAGUGAAGAUAAAGGAAAUGUUGAUAAGAAAAUUAAAACUCGAAGAAUUCAUAAGAAACGCCGCGGAUUUUCAUGGGACAAAUAUCUUGUCACACAAGCUGCUAGAGGCUGCCCUACAGAAUGUUUCCCUCGCUGCAUGGAAAGCGUCUCAGUUUCUUUGAAGUUCAAAGAAGGCAUGAAAUUGGAAUCCGUAGAUCCAAAAAAUCCUUCAAGUUUCUGCAUUGUGACAGUGAUGGAAAGGAAAUCGUUUCGUCUGAGAAUGAAUUUUGACGGCUUUGCACCUUGUUAUGAUUUUAUCUGCAAUGCAAACAGUCACUUUCUCCUUCCUGUAAACUGGUGCAAACAGCAUGGAAAAAGAUUGGAGCUACCGAAAGGAUAUACAACUUCUGAUUGGAACGAAUACGGUGCCCUUGUUGGAGCCUCAACUUUGGCUACAGACGAUUGCUUCCAAUUUGUGCCUUCAUCUGAAAUUGAGCCUUGUAAUUAUUUUAUCGAAGCGCUAAAUAAAUCGAAUGAAAUGCAGCCAGCAUUAGUGAAAGAGAACAUUGGUGAUUAUAUUUUAGUCGAGUUUUUGUCAGUUUCCAUUUCUCCCUCGGAACAGCGAUGGUUCAAUCUAUCUUCCCCUUGUAUCAAACCUUUCGGGUGGUCACAUGAUAAAGGGUUUGCUUUCAACGAUUGUCAGUUGACAAAACAAUCUAAACUAGAGCCGCUUCCAAACUUCUACUUCAAAAAAGCACCUGAGCUCAAAUUUGAGAAAGGUUGUAAGCUUGAAGCGGUUGAUCAAUGGAAUCAAAUUCUAAUCCGUGUUUGCACAAUUAUUGAUAUUUUCCAUUUAGAUGGAUCUAUAGCCAGGUUAAAACUUCAAAUGGACAGUUGGUCCGAAGAUUUCGCAUUUUGGGUCGACUCCGAUUCUGAAGAAAUUUACCCUCCUAAUUUUUGCUCCACUGUUGGGUACCCAUUAACCCCUCCAAAUGAGUUCCUUGGUCCAGCUCAAGGCUCAUCAUGUCCGACUCAAUAUUGUCGGGGUCAAGGUCACGUCAAGGGUCCAAGAUUUCUGACUCAUCAUAAUGGUUCUGGAUGCCCGUACUCCACCAGCAAACUUCAAAUUCCGGAUAGGUUGACCCAACUUCAUUCUCCGAAUAAAAACUCACCCACUAGUUCAAACUCAACUAAUUCGAGUUUGUCGCCGCAAAUUGACUUAGAAACUAAAGAAAAGUUAGUCACCAGUAAUAGUAAUUCUAAAUCGGAGAUUAAAAUUCAUGCUAAAGUCGAAAAAGAUCUUGCAAUUGAAGCGGAAAAGGAGUUAUUGAACAAAGAAGAACCGAUAAGUUUGCACGAUGAGGCUUCGAGUCAAAGUUUUAAAGAAGAAAGUGGUUCUAUAACAGCUACAGAAAAUCAAAACAGGCCCAUAAAUGAGUCGGAAAGGAUAGCUGAGCUAAUUACUGACGAAAGUGUUACAAAAAUUGACACCGAAACUGAGAGUAGCAAAACAAUAACAGAACCUGAAAUUGAACAAAUUUUAGUAAAAGAUAGCCCACCUGACGAGGAGACAGAAUCAUUGAAAGUUGAAAACAAAGAAGCGUCAACUUCAAAUGAGUUGAUAACCGAAAGUUUUGUAAAAACGAAAACUAGCACAGUUGCUGGUGUUAAGCAAACUCAGUUUAUUGAAAAACCAAGAAAACCUCGUUUUUGUUGUGGUGGAAAUCGAGCUGAUUUUGACCAAAAUGAAGAUUUGUUAGAGCGGGCGAUCUAUAAUUCAGUGUUUGGCCUCCCAUUAGAAGGAAGAUAUACAGAGUUAGGACUGUGUUCAAAGCAUAAGCGCAAGUUGAUGCCGACAGUCAAAAGAACCGAAAAUCCAGUCGCACGCUGGACACCUGAAGAGGUAGGAACAUUCGUCGAUUCUAUUCCGAGCUGCAACGGACAAGUGUUCAUCAAAGAACAAAUAGACGGGGAAGCUUUUCUACUUCUAACACAAUCAGAUAUUGUCAAGUUACUAGGAGUGAAAAUAGGGCCCGCUUUGAAAAUAUAUCACAGUAUUCAGAUCCUUCAGAAUUAUGAGGAUAAGCGAAGUCGAUAUAGUAAUAGUAGUCAUAACAAUAUUUGUAAUAGUUCGUCCAAAUCUAAUUAAAACAACCUAGUAAAUUAAUUAAAGUGCUAUUUGUGAAUUGACAAUGAAAUUGUAUAUUUUGUGGAAAGUUUAUAUUUCAAAAGUAUUUCUCAUAGUUUUGAAAGA